AAUUGAAGGGGAGAAGAGGGUUGCGGACUCUCUAUCCCUCAACAUUCGUCUUCAACCCAACAAAAAUGUCAGUGAGAACAACUAUCAAACACCUUCAGUGCCACCACUUCCCUUACCUCAAAACCCUCACUCGCACUCUCUCAUGGUCCCUCUCCACACCACCGUCGCCAAAGCGACCGCCUUCAAAGCAAGACCAGCAAGACCCAUACUCGCUCCUCAAACAAGACCCAAUUGAAAUUUGCUCGGCUCUGUGGGUCAAGGCCUUCUCUUCCCCACCCACCUUCACCUUCCCCAACCUCACCGGCUUCCUCUCCAAAUUCGACCUCUGGGUCCUGGCCUAUCAACGCUCCUGCGCUCACGUGACCGGCACGUUCCCUCCCCGCAACGCCAUCCACUCCCACGUCCUCCAUGACCUCCUCUCCCUCCGAAAUGCCGUCGUUCGCGGCAAUUUCUAUUGGAACAAGAAGACCCAGCAAUUCAUUCGGAGCCCCAACGACAAGACCAGUAUCGAGCUCCUCUCCAAGCGUAAGCUCCAGGCUAUGCUCGAGUCCGACGAGCCCUGCUUUCAGGACCGGGUCGUUCAGGAGGUCUUGUUGAUGAUACUGGAGCCUGUUUUCGAGGCCCGGUUCUCGCCCAAGUCCCACGCUUUUCGACCCGGCAGGAACGCCCACACGGUUAUUCGGACUAUUCGGAGCAACUUCGCCGGUUACUUGUGGUUUCUGAGAGGCGAUAUCAGUGAAAUUUUUGACAAUGUGGAUAGGAAUAUGGUGAUGGGUUGCUUAGAGCAGGCCGUGAGGGACAAGAAAAUACUGGGUUUGAUCCAAUGCGCGGUUAGAGCGCCGAAUCGAAAACAGAGUGAUGGUUAUGAAGAAUGGCCAAAGAACAGAAAGAAGAAGAAAGCGCCUAAGAAGAAGAAGAUUUUGAACGAUAAGGAGCCGAAGCCAGACCCGUAUUGGUUGAGAACGUUCUUCAAUUUUGCACCUGAAGAGGCUGCUAAGGUACCUUCUUAUGGUCAUUGUGGAAUUUUAAGUCCUUUACUUGCUAAUGUAUGUCUUAAUGAAUUGGAUAAAUUUAUGGAAGAUAAGAUAGUUGAGUUUUUUAGGCCAUCUAGUCUUGAUUCAAUUUGGAAGAAUUCGAUAAACGAUGGCUGUCAUAACCCGGCUUGGCCAGAGUUUGUUCCUUCUAGUGGCAAUGAGAAAACUAGAAAAAUGGAUUAUAUUAGAUAUGGGGGUCAUUUCUUGAUUGGGAUCCGAGGGCCUAGAGAGGAUGCAGUCGACAUUCGUAAGCAAAUAAUUGAGUUUUGUGAGAGAAGAUUUGGGAUAAGGUUGGAUAACUCCAAGGUGGAUAUUGAACACAUAACUAGGGGAAUUCAGUUCUUAGACCAUAUAAUUUGCCGCAGGGUUAUACACCCUACCCUUAGGUACACGGCGACCGGAGGUAAUGUGGUGAGCCAAAAAGGUGUAGGGACUCUGCUUUCUGUUACUGCUAGCUUACAACAAUGUAUUCGCCAAUUCAGGCGGCUUGCAUUUGUUAAGGGUGAUAAAGAUCCUGAGCCACUGCCCUGCACUCCUAUGCUUUACUCUGGUCAAGCUCAUACCAAUUCCCAGAUGAAUAAGUUGUUGGAGACCAUGGCUGAUUGGUACAAAUAUGCUGAUAAUCGCAAGAAAGUUGUUGGUUUUUGUGCCUAUGUGAUUCGUAGCUCUUUGGCUAAACUGUAUGCUGCAAGGUAUAGACUGAAAUCACGAGCCAAGGUUUAUGGAAUAGCUUCACGCGAUCUCAGUCGUCCACUGAGGGAGAGCAGUAACAACUCUGCACCUGAAUAUUCUGAUCUAUUGAGGGUGGGUCUUGUUGAUGCAAUCGAAGGCGUUCGGUUCUCACACAUGUCUAUGAUUCCAUCUUGUGAUUACUCCCCAUUUCCUAGAAAUUGGAUCCCGGAUCAUGAGCAGCUCUUACGUGACUACAUCAGACUUGAAGACCCAAAAUAUUUCUGUGACUUGCAUAGAUCAAUUAAACGAGAUGGUUUGAGUUUGCCUCAAGAUGAGAUAUCUGAAAUUCUGUGGGAUUUCAAAACCCUUGGGGUUUGGAAUUAUAAGCAUAGGGAAGAAAAAGAAACAAAGAAAGAUUGAUUUGAAGUGCCUGGCACAUGAUGAAUUCUAUCAUGGAAUGGAAAAUGGAACUUCAUCGAUUGCUGACCGGGGUAGGACACCUGCUUGAAAUUCUUAUGGGCAUUGUCAAUUUUCAUGAAAGGUUUGUCAACUAAUUGUUGCGGGACUGCUUAAUCAAGGGGGAGGGAAUACGCAUGCCCAUGUAUUUAGACUGACUGAAAUUUGGAAUAUGACAGUGAGAAUAGCAAGAAAAGGACUUAAUUCGGGCAUAGUGAUUUGGGGCAAUGAUAUGGAUAAUGUUUUGUCCAAUGAUCUGCCCUCAGGUGGAGCAAGAAAUGUUUCCUGGAAUUAAAUCCAGUUGUCCGGUUUGAAGUGGCAUAAAUAAAAGACUCAAGUGAAGCUCCUUUGGACGAUUCUAUGGACCCCGGACUCAUUGUAGAACUAGUAUUUAUAAUAAAAUCAAAUGGAUCAAGAAAGGAAUAUUUAUGAACUGGCCUCAGCAGAAAAUGAAGAAAGUUGGAGCAAGCUUUUGCUGUUGAUGGUUGGCAUUCUUGGGGAAGAACAAUGGUCAAAUAUGGAACACAAGUGGGGUAUUGUGGAGUAUAGUUGAUGUUUUGUUCCAUGAACAUCUAAGUAUAGAAGUCUGCUUAGAUCUGUCAUGCAUGGUGGUAAAUUGAUGCUGUUUUUCUAUACGAACCAAGGGUAUGCGGUUUUAUUCUGUCAUGCUGACCCUCAUUA